GCCUCUUCAGAAUUAACGUCUCCAAUGGAGUUUCCUAGCAUUACAAAGUUUUACAAUAUCCCAUUUGUGUCUUCUUCUCUUGUGAUUUUAUGUAUUGCUACAACAAUACUGAAUAACCCUGUAAUGGCCAAAAAACAAUAUUAUUGUGACUUCCCUGCCAUCUUUAACUUUGGUGCCUCAAACGCUGACACUGGUGGCUUGGCUGCUUCUUUUUUUGUUGCUGCACCAAAAUCACCCAAUGGAGAAACCUAUUUUGGUAGACCUGCUGGAAGGUUCUCUGAUGGCCGACUCAUUAUUGAUUUCUUAGCUGAGAAGUUUGGACUCCCUUAUCUGAGUCCAUAUCUUGAUUCACUGGGGACCAACUUCUCCAGUGGUGCAAGCUUUGCAACAGCAGGAUCCACGAUCAUACCCCAACAAAACCUUAGAUUCAGUCCUUUCUCCCUUGGAAUUCAGUACUCGCAAUUCCAACGUUUUAAACCCACUACAAAGUUCAUUAGAGACCAAGGGGGAGUAUUUGCAGCACUGAUGCCAAAAGAAGAGUACUUUCAAGAAGCUUUAUACACAUUUGAUAUAGGUCAAAAUGAUCUUACAGCUGGAUUUUCUGGUAACAUGACCCUACUGCAAGUUAAUGCUUCAAUACCUGAUAUAAUCAAAAGUUUCACAUCAAAUAUAAAGAACAUAUACAAUAUGGGGGCCAGAUCGUUUUGGAUACACAACACAGGACCCAUUGGUUGCCUCCCUUUAAUUUUGGCCAAUUUUCCAUCUGCUGAAAGGGAUAGCUAUGAUUGUGCAAAGGCAUAUAAUGAGGUGGCUCAGUCUUUUAACCAUAAUUUAAAGGAAGCCUUAGCUCAGCUUCGUACGAAGCUUCCAUUGGCUGCAAUUACAUACGUAGAUAUCUACUCUGCGAAGUACUUGCUUUUCAAAAAACCACAGAAAUAUGGAUUUGAGCUCCCACAUGUCGCUUGUUGUGGCUAUGGAGGGAAGUACAACUUCAGCAGUAGUGUUGGAUGUGGAGGAACCAUUAAGGUCAAUGGCAAUGAUAUUUUUGUAGGUUCAUGUGAAAGACCAUCUGUUAGAGUCGUAUGGGAUGGAACCCAUUACACUGAAGCAGCUAACAAGGUUGUCUUUGAUUUAAUCUCUUCUGGGACUUUCACAGAUCCACCCAUUCCCUUGAAAAGGACAUGUCAAAGAAAUUUCAAAUUCAUCAUGGCACGUAAGCUCAACUCCAUUAUGAACAUCACUGCUCAGGAGACUUGGAAACUUGAUAGAAUUGAGCCUGAAAUGUCAAAUUCGUCUGUGAAGCAUGGAGAUGAUAUAGCCUACACGGUUAUUGCUCCUUCUAUUACUUGUUGGGCUGUGAAGGCUCAAGUCAACAAGAUAUGGAAAACAAUUGACAAUGUUAAUGGAAGUGCAAUUGGGAGACAUACUAUUGAAUGUGUUUUCUGUGAUGAAUAUAUCAAAGUUAUAAUAGACUUAGUGAGAGAUGACAAUGUUGAUGCUCCUUACUUGGCAAUUCAACAUAGCAGAUUGCAACUAGGUGCAAAGACAGUUACACAAAAAUCAUCAAUUGAAAAUGCUAAGAUGAUUAUUGCACAACCUGUUCCACCUACAAUCCUUGGUGCCUCAAACGCUGACACCGGUGGCAUGGCUGCUGCUGCCUUCUCGUUACCAAAUUCACCAAAUGGAGAGACCUAUUUUCAUAGACCUUCUGGAAGGUUCAGCGAUGGCCGAAUCAUUCUUGAUUUCAUAGCUGAGAGUUUUGGAAUCCCUUAUCUCAGUCCAUAUCUUGAUUCACUGGGGUCCAACUUCUCACGUGGUGCAAACUUUGCAACAUUUGGAUCCACAAUCAAACCCCAACAAAAUAUUUUUCUUAAGAAUUUAUUAAGUCCUUUCAACCUUGGAGUACAAUACACUCAAUUCAACGGUUUUAAACCCAAAACGCAGUUAAUUAGAAAUCAAGGUGGGACAUUUGCAUCACUGAUGCCCAAAGAAGAAUACUUUACUGAAGCUUUAUACACAUUUGAUAUUGGCCAAAAUGAUCUUAUGGCUGGCAUUUUCAGUAAGACUGUACCACUAAUCACUGCAUCCAUACCUGAUCUAGUCAUGACUUUCAAAUUAAAUAUCAAGAACUUAUACAAUUUGGGAGCUAGAUCAUUUUGGAUACACAACACAGGACCCAUUGGUUGUCUCCCUUUAAUUUUGACCAAUUUUCCACUCGCAAUAAAGGAUGCUAGUGGUUGUGUAAAGGAAUAUAAUGAGGUGGCUCAAGAUUUUAACCGGCAUUUGAAGGAUGCCUUAGCAAAACUUCGUGAGGACCUUCCAUUGGCUGCAAUCACAUAUGUAGAUGUCUAUACUCCCAAGUAUAAUUUAUUUAGCGAUCCAAAGAAAUAUGGAUUUGAGCUCCCACAUGUUACUUGUUGUGGCUAUGGAGGGAAGUACAAUUUUAACGAUGUUGCUCGAUGUGGAGCAACCAUGAAGGUCAUGAACAAAGAUAUUCUAGUGGGUUCAUGUAAAACACCAUCUACUAGAGUGGUAUGGGAUGGAAUCCACUACACUGAAGCAGCUAACAAGGUUAUCUUUGAUCAAAUCUCUAGUGGGAAUUUCACAGAUCCACCCAUUCCCUUGAAAAUGGCAUGCAAUAGAAAUUUGGCGUGACAUUAAUGAACAUCAUACGCUUAUUAUUGUAGUCAUUUAUAUUAGAAGUAAAGUGUAUCGACUAUCAAGUACCCAAUUUCAUUCUAGAAGACUAUAGACAU